GAUGCCAUGCGUGAGGCUGUGCGUAAUGCCGUGCGUGAGGCUGUGCGUAAUGCCGUGCGUGACGCGCAGAGAAUGUAGCGGCGAAAGAAACUCCAAACACCUGUCAACAGGUAUCAACAGCCCUCCAUCGAGCGUGCGCGUCGCCCCUGUAUGGAUCUAACCCCCGGCGAGAGAAAGCAGAAAGCUCUGCUGUGUGCAUAGUCGCCUCGGUGGACUCUUGACCGUUUUGUUUUAUUUUAGUAAUUUGUUUUGCUAGGCUGGUAUUAUGGCCAAAAAAUCUUCAACCAAGAAGUCAUUGAAAGGUGUGUUCUCCAGGAGUGAAGCCCACCACAAGGAACCGGUGGAGAAAGAAGAGAAGAGCAAUGGAGGGGAGAAGAAAAAGUUCAAACUGUUUAAAUUCAGUCUUAAGUCCAGGAGUAACGCGGCUCUGGAUAAGACGGCGGAUGCCAGGUCCUCGGAGAGCUCGCUAUUCCCAGACGGCGAUGAGGUUUUCCUGGAGAGUCCGAGAUCCACCAGCAAGAGUUCAACUUUGUACGCUACUGCACCGAGGUCAAAGGCCAAAGACCUGAGCCACUCCGAUAUGGACCUGAACAAGCCCAAGAAGUCCGGAGCCUUCAGCUUCACCCUCCGCAAGAAGAAGCGGGACAAGGACCGGGAGGAGAUGUCCAAGAGCGUGAUCGGACUGCACGGCCCCUGGACCCCGGGGCGUGGCGAGCACCUGGACGUCAGCCAAUGGGAGCUGGCCUCACGGCAGGGGGCCUCGUUCGCCAUGUCUCAGCCGGAGCUGGACACGGCGGACACCUUCGACAUCCCGCCGCCGCCCCCAGUGGCCCCCAGCCUCAAGGCCCCCAGCCUCCUGGCCCCCAGCCUCAAGGCCCCCAGCCUCAAGGCCCCCAGCCUCAAGGCCCCCAGCCUCCAGGCCCCCAGCCUCCUGGCCCCCAGCCUCAAGGCCCCAAGCCUCAAGGCCCCCAGCCUCCUGGCCCCCAGCCUCAAGGCCCCCAGCCUCAAGGCCCCCAGCCUCCAGGCCCCCAGCCUCCUGGCCCCCAGCCUCAAGGCCCCAAGCCUCAAGGCCCCCAGCCUCCUGGCCCCCAGCCUCAAGGCCCCCAGCCUCCAGGCCCCCAGCCUCAAGGCCCCCAGCCUCCAGGCCCCCAGCCUCAAGGCCCCCAGCCUCCUGGCCUCUCAGCGCUCCUCGUCUGCGGACUUCCUUAGCAGGAUGGACCCCCCCACCCUCCACGACCGCCACGGCCGCCUGCGCUCCCUGGAGACCCUGCUGGACAGCCCCGACGCCUUCGACGUGAACGGGGGGCUGGGCGAGGUGCCCCUCGCCACCAUGCCCGAGCUGCUGCUGCUGACGGCGCCGUCCUCGCCGGCCCCCCCGGCCCCCUCCCAGCGGCGGCACGACCCCGGGAAGCACCAGGCCCGGCUCUCCCAGGACCCCGUCGCCGGCCCCCCCGCGAUCCCCGGGGGACCCCCCCCCGCCGAGACACAAGCGCCGGUGUGCUCCCCCCUCGCCUUCUCGCGGUCGACCCACCCUGUCCUCUCCCCGGUGGUUCUGAUCCAAAGUCACAAGAUCAACCCCGUCCUCCCCGUCGUCCGUCCCGCCGGCAGCCACUCGUCACGGGACUCCGCGCACGCAACGCCAGAGCUGCCGCCGACGGCCGGCCUCAAGAUGGACGCCGACGCAAUCAAAGCCCUCCUCGACCGCUCUCGGAUAAACCCGGUCCAGGCGAGCUCCCCCCUGAUCCACGGCGAGGGCUCGGUUCCAGGUUUCCCCGAGGGAUCCAGCGACCUCGCCGGCCCCUCGGCCGGCGACACCCCGCUGUCAGGGGAGACGUUCCAGUCGGUCUUCUCCCAGAGCUUCACCACCGAGGUGUUCUCCGCCAUGCUAAACACGGGCGAGCCCUCCGAUCACGUCGUGGAGCAGGACCCUCCCCCGCAGCCGCCGUCUCCCCCUCCUGCCCUCUACCGGGAGCGGUUCGACCCGCCGCCGCGCGUCCACGACGACGGGGGGUUCCCUAGAAGUCCCCCCGUCCCGGUGGGUGUUCCUGAGCACAGAGCGCCGGUCGUCGACGUGGUGCACGAUGCGGUGCCCGACGUCUCGGCCCCAUCGGCAAAACCGGCCUCCACGAUCGACCCGGUCUCCACGACAGAACCAGUCCCUACAACAGACCCGGUCUUAACGACAGACCCGGUCUCCACGACAGAACCAGCCUCUACAACAGACCCGGUCUUAACGACAGACCCGGUCUCCACGACAGAAUCGGUCUCAAGGACCGAUCCGGGUCCCAACACAGACCAGCUCUCCACCACAGCACCGGUCUCCACCACAGACCGGCUCAACGAAGCCGACCGCGCUCCGACCGACGGCAAUGACAGGGGCGCGACCACCACUUACCAAGACCCCCUUACGGAAACGGAGCACUGCCACCACGUCCUCGGUACCCUUCAGUACGAUUCCCUCCUCCCUGUGAGCCUCCACCGCCGGACGGAUCCCACGCCUCCCGGCCCCGAUCCCCAGCUGGAGAGGCCGUCCCACACGGAGACGACAACCUCCCCCCCCACUGUCCAUUCAGACGCCGAACCGGCCCGCCGGGACUCGGCACUCCGCCCCGGUCGCCUCUCACCGUCGGAGGGGAGCGCUCGCUAUUCAGCCCUGAAACCCGAGGAGCUCGGCCCCGACGCAAACACUGAGGCUCCAGUGUCUCCGACGGAGCCGCCCGCCCCGCCCCGCAGCGAUCGCCCUGGUUCCCCGGGGACGCCCGACGCACACACACAGGUCUCCCUUGUCCCGAAACGACCAGAGUUUGUCACAGUCGGUCACAACGUCUCGACUGGUCCUGAACCCUCUCCUUCUCCGCCGCCUGAAACAAUGGCCGCCUUAAAUCAACAAGAGACAAUGGGGGAAGAGGAGGAGGAGGAGGAGGAGGAGGAGGAGGAGGAGGAGGAGGAAGCAGCAUCAGCAGCAGCAGAAGAAGAAGAACACGAGGCCUUCCCAGCGGGGGCCAGAGGGCAGCCGGACGUCUGCUCCCCCGAGCCGGUGCUCCUCAGCGUGGGGUCCGACGGGAGCAGCGCCAUGGACGUGUUCUUCAGCGCCGAGGAGGACGACGCCACCGACGGCGAACUGGACGACGUGUCCACCCUGGGGGAGAGCGAAGACCCCGGCGCCGCGACGGAAGACGGUGGCGGCGGCGUCUGGUCCGCGAGGGAAGACCCGUUCGAAACCCCCCAGGUCUCCCCCGGUCCCGACGACGGCCCGCCGGGAACGGUCGGCGCGUCGGGAGACGGGAUGGCGGCGCUCCCGAGCGACCGGAUUGAAACGUGGGGGAGGCGCCUUGAGCGGGGGAACACAGACGUGCAACGGCAGGGGGCGGCCAGGAGAGAGUCCCCUCCUCCUCCUCCCUCUCCUCCCGUCUGCUCCCCUCCGCCUCCUCUUCCUGAAGGGGAGCAGCAGGGGAGAGGGUUAGACAUGUGGGGCGAGAGGUCGGAUGAACAGGGGGAGGUGGAGGCGAGGGCGGAGGCAGAGGCGGGCCCUGCCCUACCGGUCCGACAGGUGGAGACGCUGAUGGAAUGUGAGCCAGCCCUGCCCUUUUCUCAGGUGUGCAGCCAGGAGGAGGAGGAGGAGGGGGGGGUGGAAGUGGAAAACCUGAUGCCGCUCAUUCUCCCGGUAACUGGAGAGCCGCCCGAAACCCCCUCCCGGGUCCCGGAUCCCCUGGGGAGAGAGUACCUGCCGCACGGAGGUGCCUGCAGGGCCGAGGCGAACGCAGAACACCUCCAGCCGGACGCGCACACGUUCAUCGGCGUCAGCGCAGCAGGCCUCGACGCGAGCACCCCAGACCCUGCCGAGCGGGGGGAGACGGGGGAGGCCGGGGGGGCAGCCGUGUCCCCCGUAGAGGGGAGGGCGGACGUGCAGGAGGGGGGGUCAGAAAGGUCAUCGCCCAUCGGUUGUCGUGGCGACCCUGUUGACAGAGAGGGCGCAAAGACCCCCGUCGCCCUCGUCUACGACACGCCACACACCGUGAACCUUGACGCCUCCACCACCACCACCACCACCACCACCACUACCUCCACCUCCCUCCCCCCUCCCUCUCCCUCCUCCUCCUCCUCCUCCUCCUCCUUAAUCUUCGGCGGUGCCAAGCUGUCAGAAGCCAGCGAGCGCGUCACGGCAGAUCAGAUAGAGGGAACUAGGCCAGCGUCUCCGGUGGCUGAUGUCAUCAGAGCUGCCAGCGACGCACCGAGGCAGACGCCAGUCAGCCAGGCAGACGAGGCGAGCCGCGGGUCAGGACUCGACGCUUCCACCGAGAACGGCGUCCCCCUGCCCUCCUUCCCCGCACGGACCGGCGAACCACAGGGGUCUCCAGCUUCAGGCCCGGCCCCUGAUCUCCAGGACCUCCCCCCCUCCUCCUCCACCCAAACCUCAGGGUCACCUCCCAGGCCUGACCCCCACCCAGCACCCCAGCCCCUGCCGCCGACCCCACCCGUAGCAGACAUGCGCUCCACCUACAGCGGGUCCCGCUAUGUCAGUCGACACGGGAGCUACUCUGGUGAUGGAGACGGAGACCCCCACCCGGAGGGCACCGCCAACACCACCACCACCACCACCACCACCGCCACCAGCUCCGUCUCGGUCAACCCGUGGAGGAACAACUUCGACGGGGUGUCCCAGUACAGGCCCGCCUCCACCUCCGCCUCCUCCUCCACCAGCUCCUCCACCUUGUUCCCAGACUCACCUGACUCCUCUGUGCCGUCCUCCUCCUCCUACUCUCUCCCCGAGGCAUCGGUCGACACACGAUAUCUUCCCCCCGCCCCCGACCCCGACCCCGUCUCCACCUCCUCCUCCUCCUCCACCUCCACCUCCACCACCAACCCCCUGCAGACAUACGGUUCCCCAGGCAACUGGCGGAGCGAAGGCAAGAGGAUUCUCUUUCUGAGAAGUGUGUCGACGGAGGAAGCGGUUGAAGAAGCGGAAGGGGGAGCAGUGGGAGGAGGAGGCGGUGGAGGAGGAGGCGGAGCAGGGAUAUCAAGGAGGUGGAGCCGUGAAGGGGCGGAGCCAGAACCUGCUGCUGCACCUGUCAGAGAGGCAGAGGCGCGGACAGAGGAGAUAAAGGUGAACCGGGACACGGCUCACCUGGCAGUCGACCGUCUCUCCUCCUCGGAAUGUAACUCGGGCGUCGCCCUCGACGACAGCACACGCCACCCGCGGGCGGACGAGGACCCCUCGUCGGUUUACACCGGAGUCUUUACAGCCACGCGCGUGCACCUGAUCACCGAGCCCGCCGCCCCGGCCGCGCCCCCCGCCGCCGCCGCCGAGGGCUCGCUCAUCCCCUACGAAAUGGAGGUGCUCAAGGACACCCUGAAGAGCAUGGGGCCCGGCCCCGGGAUCCAGAAGCAGAGGAGCCUGCGCGGGGCCCCCUUUGGCUACUCCUCCCUGGCCCCCAUCGUGGAGGACACCCCGAGUCCCACCUCCCCCUCCGUCACCUCGGCCUCCUCCUCCUUCGACGCCACCGACUCCUCCGUCGCACCGGCGGGCCGCUUCAGCCUGCCCCUGGACCUGGGCCUGGGUAACCCCGUCGGCUCCCGGUCGCCGCUGGACCUGAUGAAGCAGAGUCAGCAGGACGCACCGCCGCAGAACGCUACGUGGGGCCUCGGCCGGCCCCUGAGGGCGUCCGCCUCCAACAGCAUCGUCAUGAGGACGUCCCCCGAGGACCCUCCCCCGUCCCCCUCCUCCCACAACGGCAACGGCCUCCAGCAGUUCCCCGCCGGCAACUCGCGGCUGGACCACAGCGUCCUGUUCUCCGGCUACCGCCCGCCCUCCGUGGACACGCCCCCGGACUCCCGCUCGCCGUUCCGCGCCAGCUCGCUGCCCGACACCGGCAGCUCCUCCUACGACCGCGUCAGCAAGCCGGCGCGGGGCAACGGGGUCUUUGGCGGCCUCGGGGGUCUCGGGAGCGGCAACGGUGGCGGCUCGGACGCCGCCGCCGCGCCGUCCUCCUACAACCGCUUCGCCUUCCUCCUGAACUCCACCCCCACCGCCGCCCCCGGCUCGGGGUCGCUGACCGGCGCGGCCGAAGACGCGUACUCGCGCAUCAGCCAGGGGCCGCACUUCAACGGGACCGCCGCCAACUCGGGGCCCGGGAACUCCACCCAGCGCCCCACCGGACUCCCGGACUUCCCUCGGACCGCCACCUCCUUCAGCGCCACCGCCGCAGACAUGCCCUUCUCCGUGUACAGCCAGGGGCACGGGGCCAGUGGCAUGGGGCCCGGCGCGGGGGUCCCGGGGGCUCCCCAGCUGCAGAGGAGCUUCAGCAGCGAGGGGGGCAUGGGGGGCCAGCACCCGCCCUCGUCAAUGCUGUUCAACAACGUCCAGGCGGGGUCCCACUUCCAGGUGCCCGAGCCCGCUGAGCCAGAGAAGCCGACGGCCCCCAAGUACAGGGCCUUCCCCGACGCAUAUCUUACCAAGGAGAAGGAACAUGGAAAACUCAACCCUCGCCCAGGAAAGAUCUUCAUCUACGACCAGCCGGGUAUGUGCGGUCAGAGGAUCGAGGUGCGCAGUGACGUGGUGGACGCCACCGCCUGGGACCUGCAGGAGACCAUCUCUAUCAGGGUGGUGCGUGGAGGGUGGGUGAUAUACGAGAAGCCCAACUUCAAGGGGGAGAAGGUGGCCCUAGACGAGGGCGACCUGGAGCUCACCUGCCCCUUCGUGUGCCCUGAGGAGGAGGAGGUGGUGAAGGAGGUGCAGCCUGAGAGUGCCAAGCAGAACGGGGUCGAGGCUAACGGAGAGCAAAACGGCGAGCAGAACGGCGCGCCAGCCAGGAAGUUCAUCAUCGGCUCUCUGAGGAGAAGCGUCAGGGACUACAGCGUUCCGGAGAUCAGCCUGUUCCCGGAGGAGAACGCCGAGGGGAAGAAGGUGACGUUCCGGGACACGGCCGAGGACGCCCGCAUCUUCGGCUGCCCUGUGAAGGCCACCUCCAUCAUCAUCAAUGCGGGCUUGUGGCUGGUGUAUGCGGAGCCCUUCUUCCAGGGCGUACCACGGGUGCUGGAGGUGGGGGGGUUCAGCAACCCCGCGGCCUGGGGCGUGGAACAGCCCUACGUGGGCUCGCUGCACCCGCUCAAGAUAGGUGAACCAAGAGUGGAAACUAUUGACGAACCAAAGAUCAUUCUCUACGACAGGCCGUACUUCUCGGGUAAAUCCCGCACCAUCCACGGCUCCUUGAAGAACUUCAUGACGCGCACGGACAGCCAGCAGACCGCCUUCAUGUACAACGCCGGCUCCCUCAAAGUCCAGGGGGGAAUCUGGGUGGGGUUCGAGAAGGAGGGGUUCCGCGGCCACCAGUACCUCCUGGAGGAGGGGGACUACCAGGACUGGCGGGUGUGGGGGGGCUGCAACGCAGAGAUGCGCUCCGUCAAGGUCAUCCGAGCGGACCUGACCGAGCCCAUGCUGGUGAUGUUCGAGCAGCCCGAGAAUGAGGAAGCGGACGAGGAGAACAGCUUUGAGGUGACGGAGGCCAUCGCUGACGUAGCCACCUUCCAGUACAAGACCACCACCCGCUCCAUCAGCGUGCUGUCCGGGGCCUGGGUGGCCUACUCCCACGUGGACUUCUCGGGGAACCAGUACAUCCUGGAGAAAGGCUUCUACAACAACAGCGCUGACUGGGGGUCCAAGGACAACAUCAUCUGCUCCAUCCAGCCCAUCCUACUGGCUCCAUCUGAGGGUUCAAAGCCUAGGAAUGAGGUGCUGCUGUACUCUCAGCCAAACUUCAACGGGAACGUGGAGACCUUCAACCUGAACCAGCUGGUCGUCCCCGACAAGGUCCUGGCCAAGUCCUGCCGCACGCUGGGCGGAGGCUGGGUGCUGUACGAUGGUAAGGACUACACAGGGAACCAGUGCGUGCUGUCUGAAGGGGAGUACCCCAACCUGUUCAGCAUGGGCUGCCAGCCCGACUUCACCGUCUGUUCGCUGAGGGCCAUACCGCUGAUCUUCUCCAUGCCCUCCAUCUCCUUGUUCAGUCUUGAGUGUCUGGAGGGGAAGGAGAUCACGACGGACUUGGAGAUGUCCGACCUCAUAGCCCAGGGCUUCAACAACCACUUCCUGUCUGUCCGCGUCAACUCUGGCUGCUGGGUGCUGUGUGAGUACAGUCACUUCAGGGGGCGCCAGUUCCUCCUGGAGCCCAUCGAGAUCACCAACUGGCCCAAGUUCAGCUCGCUGGAAACCGUGGGCUCCAUGUACCCCGUCCAACAUCGGCGGCGGUUCUUCCGCGUGAAGAACAAGGAGCACGGCAGCUUCCUGUGUCUGCACGGCGGCCUGGAGGAGAUGAAGCCCGGCCGCGUGGUGGUCUCCAAGGAGCCCGAGCACGGCAGCGACGUCUGGUUCUACGACGACGGCUUCAUCAAGAACAAGGUGGCGACCACCAUGAGUCUGCAGGUGAUGGGCUCGGUGGAGCCGGGCUCCAAGGUGGUGCUCUGGACGGAGACCCGCCAGCCCCUGCAGACCUGGUCGGCCCCCAUGAGGGGCCGCAUCCCCAGCCUCACCUUCCCCGACAUGGUGCUGGACGUCAAAGGUGGGAAGUCUUACGACAAGGACUAUGUGGUGAUACUGCCAGAGAACGAGGAGCGAGCCAGCCAGCAUUGGCAGCUGAAGUUGCUAUAACAAUCUUAACUGCCACCAUUCACCAUCCCCUAAUCUCCAACCAUUUGAACAGUACAGACCAAACGGUAUCGUUCCGGAACGUUCCCCAGACGUUCUCGAGAAACAUCCCCAUUGCCUUGCGCUAUGAUGUAAUGAAUUCCGGAUCAACGGUCCUCUGUGAGCAGCCUAUCCAUGUGUGACUCUACAAGGGACCGUUGGGAAGACCGGGACAUCGCUUUACCUCUGCAUCUUCAUAAAAACGCUUCCAUCACCACGUCAUUCCUUCAACUUACUACUGCUUCGAUGUAUUGAUACUGCUUCUACUCAAGCUGUAGCGAUGACACUCUACGAAGAUCACUUUAUGAAGAUCUUAAUGAGAACUGAGCUAGCUGCUGUUCAGGUCGGAAACGGAGUCCUGCUGGGUAAUCCGAAGAAGUGAGAUGUUUGUGAGGAAGUGUCAUGCUCUGAAGUACUUCAACUUCAACCUUAACAGAACUGUAGUGACGUUGGCCGCCACCAUACAGAGAAAACGCACUGCUCCAGGUCACACCACUGCCAACGUAUGGAAAAACAGGUCAAAUUAGACAAAGGUCAAAAAGUAGAUUUGAAAAAGUGUAUUUUUGUGUGGAUGUGUUUUUGUAUGCUGUACAGAUUUCCACUGCUCCUCUUAUUUGUACCUGUGGUUCACUCUAUCUAUCUUCUCAACGGAAGUAUAAAUACACAUAUAUAAAGAAAUUAUAAAUAUAUUUACUAACAAGGCGGUAAAAGACUAGACAACGGCCAAAGUGAAUCUGGGUGUUAAUGGAUUUUUCUGCUAAGAGUUCUAUGCAAAUCCCGUAACUUUGGGACCUCCACAGUUGAACCAAAUAGAGUUGUAGGUACUUUAACUCCGGGUGAACCUGUGUUUUUAAUACUUCACGUAUUUAACAAGAGCUAAAUUGGUACGGCUAUGAAUGAAGCUUUAAAUACUGUGGAAGGCCGUAUGAAAGUAUUUUUUAUAGUCCGUUUUUAUUUGGUCUUGGACGACUUUUGAUGCCCGAUUUUGUCACAGGCACUGUAGUAGGACCACUGUAGUUCAGACAUUUUGCAAGGUCUCUUCUCCUGGGUUUUCUGAUCUUGUAGGUAUUUUCAUAAACUGUUUAAUUAAUUUGGAUAUAAAAGUCUGUCGCUUUGUUUUGUCAUUGUUUAAAACUGUUGUUUCAUACAAUAUAAAAUAUACAUAUGUGUAAAAUGUAAUAUAAGAGGGUGUGGUUUUACGGAAAAAAAGGAAUAAAAAUGUCUUAAAGUAUCUUAA